AAUAAGUCCCGACCUGAAACGCUUCCCCAGCAACAAAAAGGGGAAAUUUGCGCACAACCUGCGAUCUGUUUUAUGUCAGGAUGUUUCAUCUUUUUGUUUAAAUUUCUGUUGAUUUUUGGCGACACUAGGUCGAUUUGAUAUCAGCAAUGGAUCCCAAGACUGCUACAAAUACAGCCUCGGGCCCCCUGAGACGGUCGACAAGACAGGGGAAAGUACUAAGCGUUGAGCCGACCCCCAGGGGUCCUCUAAAACGGACCAGAAAGACAUCAGAACAUCAAUCAUCCUCUGCAGUUAAAGGUGCAAAAAGUGUGGAGAAUGGUUUGGAUGAUGAAGAGUCUCCAACCAAGAAGCACCGGUUGGACACUGGGGAAGGAGAUGGUGACAACCUUAAUGACGAUAACAUGGAGGUCCAGGAAUCGGACAAAGAAGAUGAGAACGACAAGGACGUGGAAAUGGAGGCAGCUGACAAUCCAUUGAAAGAAACCAGUCGCCCGAAUAUAUACAAAGACAACUUCGAAGAUGUCAAUUUUUCCCCUCGUGUCGUCCUCCAUAAACCCUCCCAGAUAAGGGACCCUCCACAAGAGGAAUCGCAGGGAAUGAGAUCUAGAAAAGCAGAAAGUAAAGCACCUCCAUCGCACACCAAGGCUCAUUCACAUAUCAGACCACCAGAGAAAAGACCUGACGUUCCGAUCACCAGCAUGGAUGAGUAUAACAGAAAACCAGAGGUAAAAGCCAGGAGUGCAGCCUCAUUGUCACUGAAUGUACCCAGAGCUAACCAAAUUCCCCAGAGAGCAUAUCCAACGUCAGAGGAAAUGUACCCAGCGAGACCAUUUGUAAACAACAUUCCAGCAAAUUAUCUGAAAAAACAAGCUGCAGCAACAAAAACUGCUGGGAACAAGAUAAGUUCUGAAAAUUCCUGUAGAGGUUUUGUUUGGUAUUUAUGGCGCUUGGUUUUCUUGGUGCUGCUCAGUUCUGCCACCCUGCUAGCUUACAGGAUCCUCCCUGUGCUCCAAAGUAAAGCAGGAGGAGGAGGAGGGCAACAACCCCGAGAAGGGAUGUCAGGAAAGUUUUCCAACGGCUUGUCACUUCUCCAGUCUCAGUUCCCGAGUCAGAGAGCUGUGCUGUGGGAGAGAACCAAGGUCCACUUGGAGAAGCACCUUAAAACCGCUGACCCAACAGAGCCAGCGAGUCUGAUCCUUGUAGCAGGCCACAAAGCAGAGAGGACUCUGCAGUGCUUGGCUCAGGACAUGGCCUCCAUCUACUCGUCUGCCCGCAACGGCUCGGUUCUCCACCUUGACGGGGCGAGUAAAGCCGGUCAGGACAGCGAUACAGUAAAGCUGGACAUCGACAACCAGCUCCAGGCAGCUUUCGAAGGAGAUAAACCAGUGGCGGUCAUCCACCGCGUUGAGGAGCUGCCUCCAGGCUCCACCCUCAUUUUUUAUCGUUACUGUGACCACGAGACUGCCGCUUACAAGCAGGUGUUCCUGUUGUUCACAGUUUUGCUUCCUCAAGAUGAGAUCAGCAGUGAGAUGAGCCUGAUUGAGGUGGAGGAGAUGGUCCUUAACUAUAUUAAGGAAAAGCUGGUGAACUCCGAGAGUGAAGCCGACUUCAAUGAAAUGGAUGUUGACAAGUUUAGUGGACUGUGGAGCCGCAUCUCCCAUGUGGUUCUUCCUGUGGUGUUGGAGGAGGAGGUGGAGCAGGAGGGAUGCCCAUGAAACAAGUUUUUAGGGAUGCAUUGAUGUGGCAACUCCCACCAUAAAUUCCACAGAGACGUGUCUUCUGAGACACGUUUUCCACACAGGCUUCAUUUAAAAUAUUUGAAGGAUGCAUUAAAAGCUCUGACAGUGAUAGGAAUCCUACUGAAGUUGCAGUUUUGUGUGUCGUCAAGAUGUUUUUUAUUUGAAGAACAGAUUUAACAAAAACAUCUUUGACAUAUACAGGAUUUUUUCCAAUCAGUUUUAGCCUAAGAAACAAUUUAUUGCAGUUUUUGUGUUCUUUCCCUUCCUCCAAAGCACUUUUCCCACAGCAGGGAUAAAACUCAGCUUGUCUUUGAAACUAACAAAUGUUAAAUUUUCUGUGGAUCUGUAUGUUUUAGAUUUCGAAUCUCAGAGAGGAGCUGACAGGGCAUCCAGAGAAGCCACUUUGUUUGUCACCGGUGUGUACUGAACAUGUCUGUGUUUGCUUUGAGCGUUCCCCUUUUCCAGAAUACUGGCUUUUACAAAAAUACAUAUAUUUCUUCUGUUUUUUCAUCUUAAAAUGUAUUUUGUUGACGUGCUUCUAAGAUUUGCAUUGUUUUUAAUUGCUGUGUAUAUACUGUAUGCUGGAUUUCAAAAGGAUGAAAACUUUGUUGAUGUUAAUUAAAAAAGAAACCCUGCAGGUUUAUGUGACAGGAUUUAUUUGUACAAAUAUUUUUGACUGAAUAUGUCAGACACUAAAUGUGCCUUAAAUACACAAGAACUAUUUAAUAACCAGAACAUCCAUGAUGAGUCUGUACCAGUAAGACAUGUCCUGUUGUAUCAUUUGUCAGAGAUCAGUUUUUCUUUGUAUUACUUAUAAGAGUGUUUGAAUGUUUUUAAUAAAGAUUAUUUUGAUAUUAA